UUAUAUGGGACCACUAUCUGUCAAAAUUUGAUUGAUUUAUGACCCCCUUUGACAGGGGGCGGGACUAUCAAUCAAAAGGUGUACAAUCUGUCCAGUUUCUGGACUGUCGUAUAUCAAGGGCUUUAGACAGCGAGUAUCCUGUGCGUGUUUUACGAUGUGUCAAUCAGCUCGUUGUUUUUCCUGUGUGUGUGUUUUAUGUCAAGCCUAUGCUGUCAUGUUUAUUGCUGUCAAAAAAUAAAGUUUAUAGUUUUAGACUGCGUAGUUUCACAAGCGGACCUGUGCUGUCAGCGAUCUCUCUCUCUCUCGCCCCCACUGUGCGUCUCGCCCCAGCGCGUCACACAGCGAUGUGUGUUGUUGAAUCUAAAGUUUUGCAACAUCAAAAGUUUCUUUAAAGUCGUGCAAGAAUCAAAUAUAUAUAUAUAUAUAUAUAUAUAUAUAUAUAUAUAUAUUAGAUGUAACUGGUUAAACUUAAAGCCGAUAUUUUCUAUCGAACUAGUCUAUUUUCUGAUCAGACACAAUGUUUCUGAUGCUGAUAUUAUAUCAGUGUGUGUUUGUGUGGGGGUCGUGUGAUGUAAUCUUUGAAAGUUUAUGACCGAACCUUUAUUGGGGAGCGACAAGAGAUCUCCGGGAUCAGUUUGGAUGGAGCAGAGCUGGUAUACUCAAACCUGGUGCGAAAUUGUCUAAACUGGUGUUAACUAUUCCUGGUAAAUCGCUGAGAAGAGUGGACUGAACAAAAAAGACUGAUCAAACAGGCCGGUACCUUGGAACCUCCCGCAGCGUAACAAGGAAAUCUUGGGACAAAGAGACGCCGAGUGGCUCGUGCCGACCGUUUGGAUAUCAGAGGCAAAGUUUGGAUAUCGUUGCAAAAUAUAUAGCGGAUCUCCACGUUUAGGAUACAGACCACAACGCUUUGGACGUGUCUUUAAAAAAGAGAAAAAUCAGAGACUUUAUGGACUUGACUUCGAACACUUUAAACAUUUUGUGACAUAUUGGAUUUAAAACAUUUCGGAUACUGGAUACCUGUGUUGAUUUGUCCACAGAGCUGGUCGCUUUUUAAAAUCACAUGGGUAAGUGACUAUUAUAAAUUGUUUUGCUGUUGUUUUAAACUUAUGUUCUUAAUACCUAUUUGUUUUAUUUUUCAUCGUUUAUAUAAUCCGUUUUUAUACUCAUUUGUAGAGUUUUUUCGCUGUUUUAUAUAUUGUUUGUUUUUGAUAUUUUAUACUCGUUAUAUUUUUUGGUUUAGUUUUAUUGUGUUUACAUUGUUUGAUUAUUUGAAUAUUUUGGGGUUUCACAGUGUUUCCGAAUAUUGUGGUAAAAUGGCCCAAAAACGUUAUUCCGACUCUGGUUGUGACCAGGCGAAUAAAAUUAUAAGGCGCGAUCAAUCCACGUUUGAUAUAUUUGAUUAUGAAUUGGGAAUGCAAAUACUGAUAGAAACUGUCAGAGCCAUGAAUGGAAAUCAAAGUAAUGUAGACGGAUUCGCAGACUUGAUAAGUAUGGUCGAUCCCCGUUCACAGCCCCCUCCAGAGCCGAGUAUGGUCUUAGAUCCUGAUGUUUUAAAUACGCAUCAGGUUUUUGAGAUUCCAGAAGAUGGUUUUAUAAAUCAACAGAUUGAACCUGGAACUUCAGAUACUGCUUUUAUCAAUAAUCAAAUUGAACCACAGGUUCCAGGUUCUGAUCUAAACGAUCAGCAGGUUCUCGAUGGGGCAUCCGAGAAUUUACAUGUUCAACACGGUGGUGAGGGGUCGGACGACCCCCAUCAUAAUUCUGAAAUGGCUGAUAUGGGUCUAACCCCCGACGAUGUUGAGAGGCUUGUGAGAGACGGAGGUGAAUUUAAUGGCUACACCAUCGUUCCUCGUACAAGAUUUAACAGUCUGGAAAUACUUAGGAGUUUAAAUCUGAGGUCAAUAGCUUCUACAGAUAUGGCCUCGUACGUUCUAUUUCUGGAUGGUGUUCUGAAUGAAAUAGUCUCAAUAUCUAGAAUAUUUGCGGGCGAUGGGGGAGUAAUACAUGUAUUAUUAAGUGGAGAAACUUUAACAUCCGACGUAAAUGCGUUGCUUACCGCCGCCAACGAUUAUAGCGUCUCCGCGUUCACAGAUCAGCUUGAAAAUAUCAUGCAGAGCAACGCAGACGUGUGCGUUGAUGACAAUCUAAUGUUAAAGGUGUCUAUUGUCAGAAGCAAAAACGGCGGCGCUCGCAGAAAAUUCCGUGAUCUAGCACACAACGAGGUUAUAAAAAGAAAUAGAAUGAAUCUUUUUUCCCCCGCUAAUAUGUCUGACAAGCUAUGCUUUGCACUUUGUCUGGCACACUUUUUGAAUCCCCAAAAAACAGACCCUGAAUUAGUGCCCAUAGCCGCUUCCAUUCAAAAUGCCGCUGGAUUUUCAAUCCAAGACAUGAUACGCUUUAAUGACGUCGCAUUGUUUGAGAGAUUGUUAAACAUCAAAAUUGUAGUUUUCCACAGAUCAAGCACGGGUGCUUUGGAAAAAUACAUGACCAAAGAUAAGCCCCACUACAAGACGGUGUUUCUCUAUCUGUCCGAUAGUCAUUAUUUCAUGAUAAAAAAUUUGAGGGGUUUUAUCGGGUGUAAAUACGUCUGCGACUAUUGCUACAACGGCUUUUCAAAUAAAAGAAAUCAUAGAUGCAUUUACGCAUGUGACAUAUGCAAUGCCCCCGACUGCUACAAACACCCCGCGAAGACGAUACACUGUGGUGAUUGUUUGAGGUACUGCAAAUCAGAAUACUGUUAUGAGAUGCAUAAAAAACCAGCACUGAGUCAGCAGUUUGCCCAGUGUGACGUGACCAAAUACUGUCCGACAUGUAAUCGAUGCUAUUACAUUAGCGGUGAUAAACCAAAACCGCACAAAUGCAUGCCGGAGAAGUGCCUGCAUUGUGGCAUGGAGAUGAUACCCGAUGGGGAUCAUCAAUGUUUUAUUCAGCCCUUAAGGCUCGAGAAACCCAGUGAGAAAUAUAUCUUCUAUGAUUUCGAGACUCGUUACGAGGGUGGUAAGCAUGUUGCAAACUUUGUUUGCGCCAUCACUUUUGCGGGUGAAGAAUUCACAGCAGAGGGCCCCGACUGCGUCGCACAACUCGUACAGAGAUUCAGACACCCUAGGUACACCAACUACACGUGGAUAGCCCACAACGCUUCUGGCUUUGACAAUUUUAUACUUUUGGAAUAUUUCACAAAGGUGGGGCUCACUCUUAAAAUCACGAUGCAAGGAUGUCGUUUGAUAUUAAUGUUUGACGAAAGCUACAAGCAAAGAUUUCUCGAUAGCUUCUCAUUCCUCCCAAUGCGUCUAGCCAAAACUGCAUCUGCCAUGAAUCUGACCUGUGCAGAAAAGGGUUAUUUUCCACAUCACUUUAACCGGGUGGAGAAUGAAAACUACAUAGGUCCAUAUCCGGACAAAAAAAUGUACGGAUAUGACACAAUGUCAGAGAAGGAGAGGGAACAGUUUGAUGAAUGGUACAAGACCGUAGAGGGUGAAGUCUUUGACUUUAAAAAAGAGCUGGCUCUUUACGGCAAGAACGAUGUUGUUUUGUUGAGAGAGGCAUGCAUGAAAUAUCGUGAUGAGUUUAUACAAUGCACAGCACUUGACCCCUUCAGAUACACAACUCUGGCAUCGUGCUGCAUGGCAGUGUACAAGACCCAUUAUCUGGAGAGAGACACACUAGCGUUGACGCACAACGGCGCCUACCUGACUAAAAACAAAGCCUAUUCAAACGCCUCCAUCGAAUGGCUUGAAUAUGUCAGCCAUUCACGAGGCGUCGAUGUCCAGCAUGCGUUAAAUCGUGGCGAGAUGUCGUUCGGGUCCUACCAUGUCGAUGGUGCGUUCCAAAAGGAUGGUAAAAUUCAUAUUUUAGAAUAUUUAGGGUGUUUGUGGCACAGUCACUCUUGCAAAUUUAAAGAAUAUGACAUUCAUCCUGUGACAAAAUUGACGCACGCUGUACACAGAAGACAGCAUGAGGCCAAAAUGGAGGUUUUGGAGAAGGCGUAUGGGUUGAAUGUCGAGGUGAUGUGGGAGUGUGAAUGGAACGCUGCUAAGCGGACUGAUCCUGACGUAAUCGCCUUUAUGGCCACUUACACGCACCCCGAGAGACUGAAACCCCGCGACGCUCUAUUUGGCGGUCGUACUAACGCGUACAAACUCUAUCAUAAAGCCGCUGAAGGUGAGAAAAUCAGAUAUGUUGAUUUUACAAGUCUGUAUCCCUUCUGUCAGGCCAAGAAGUGUUACCCGAUAGGACAUCCCCAGAUAAUUUUAAAGGAUUUUGAACCCCUUGAAAAUUAUUACGGGCUUAUCAAAGCAUCAGUGCUACCCCCAAGAAAACUGUUGCACCCCGUGCUCCCAUACAGGGCCAAUAAUAAACUGAAUUUCCCUCUCUGCGCAACCUGCUGUGAGGAGCAGAAUCAGUCUACCCCCUGCGAUCACACAGAUGAGAAGCGAAUGCUUUCAGGGUGUUGGGUCAGUCUCGAGCUGUUAAAGGCUAUCGAGAAGGGUUACGUCGUGACAAAAGUGGACGAAGUGUGGCAUUUUCCCCAAUCCUCAGAGACCUUGUUUUGUGAAUAUGUCAAAACAUUUUUACAAUACAAGCAAGAGGCCAGCGGGUACCCCGCACACGUAGUGACAGAUCAGGACAAACAGGCAUACAUUGCUGAUUACUUUGAGAAAGAGGGGAUACAAAUGAAUCCUGAUAAGAUAAGCCUUAACCCCGCGAGGCGUUCUAUCAAUAAGUUGUUGCUAAACAGUUUGUGGGGUCGUUUUUCUAUGCGAGAAAAUCUCCCCAACACUGUGUUGCUCUCAGAUCCGGAAGAGUUUACGAGAUACAUUUUUGGCAUGGCGUACGAGAUUAAACACUUUUCGUUUGUGUCAGACAAGGUAGCUCUAGUGCAAUGGAUCCAUCCGGACGGCAAAGGCGCGCGCACGCGUGACAUAAACAUAUUUCUCGGCGCCUUUACUACAGCCCACGCGCGUCUAGAAUUGUAUGAUCUUAUGGACAGGCUCAAUGAGCGUGUGCUUUACAGCGAUACAGACAGCGUGAUUUUCACGUCUAAAGACGGCGACUGGGAUCCUCCGUUGGGGCCGUAUCUAGGUAAUUUGACUGAUGAAAUUGGGGAUGAUGAUUUUGCGGUCGAGUUUGUGUCGUGCGGGCCAAAAACAUACGCCUACCGCACCGCAAAGGGGCGCACGGUCCUAAAGGCCAAAGGCAUUGUGCAAAAUUAUACAAACUCCCAAAUUAUCACAUUAGACACACUGGUUGAUCUUGUCCGUGCUUAUGUUAAUGAGGGUGAUCCUGACAGACACGUGCUAGCCUCUGCUGACAGCAUUGUGAGGAAUAAAAGACACCUCACGCUCCACAACAAAACAGUUGUGAAGAAGUUUAAGCUCGUAUACAACAAGCGAGUAAUAAACAAAAAAGAAUUGACAACGUUUCCGUAUGGAUUUUGAUAACGUUUUUGGGCAUAAAGGUGUACGGGAUGCUAAAGGCCAUGACUUUAGGCUACAGCAUCCCUUCUCUUUAAUUGUAGCAGGACCAUCCAACAGUGGGAAAUCAAUCUUUGUUAAGAUGUUGUUGGAAAAUGCUGUAAAUUUGAUUUCUGAAAAGAUUGAGAAUAUUGUAAUUAUAUAUGAAUGUUGGCAAAAAAUGUAUGAAGAAAUAUCAAAAAUGUACAAAAUUAAAUUCAUUGAAGGGAUACCGCAGACUCUGAAUGACGAUCAUUUGUUUCCUGUUAAUAAAACAUCUCUGCUAAUUCUA